ACCCUCUCUCGUCAGCAGCUUCAGCUCCAAUUCAACGACUUGCGCAUGAUGCUUCCCAGUGCCAUCUCGACGCCCGAGCUCUCACCCCACUCGCCAGGAUGACUCGGGCGAUAUCGUUGCUCUCAACACAUGCACAUUGCAGCCUGUGCCUGAACCGCUUUCAGUCACCAGCAUCGCAGCAACUCAAGCGAACAUGGCCGAAGCAGCUGGUCCAACGAUGACCAAGGCCAGAGUCGGGCGCUCGGGCCCAAAAGUCAAGUCUGGAUGUCGCACAUGCAAGAUCCGCCGGGUGAAAUGCGACGAAGGCCGCCCUGCGUGCCGGAAGUGCGUCUCAACGGGCAGAAAAUGCGAUGGCUACGGUAUCUGGGGCGGUGGGAGCAGCACCCACACCCACCACACGGAUGGUCGCCUGGCCCUGAAGCGUAACCCGUUCCCCCUCUUUGUCGACGCCCCCGGCGAGGAUGAGCACUGCUGCUUCGAGUGGUUCCGUUCGCGCACCGCCAAGAAGCUCCCGGGGCCCUUUGAACCUGUUUUCUGGGAGACCGUCGUCCUGGGCGCUAGCUUUGAGGAGCCUGCCGUGCUUCACGCGGUCCUGGCUCUUGGUUUGGCCCACAAGAAGGAGAGCCUCGAAGGGGACUGCCAGGACGUCGCAAUGGACGCCCCGGACGAGGAAGAGCAGUUCAUCCUGCGCCACUAUAGCGAGUCCAUCCGUCAGCUUGCGCCGCAUUUUGUCAACAAGAGCAGGUCGUCGAUACGCGUCGCGCUCAUCGCAUGCAUGGUCUUUGUCUGUCUCGAGUUCAUCCGUGGCAGGUAUCGGACGGGCAACGAGCACUUGAAUAAUGGUAUGCGACUCUUGGGGCAGCUCGCAGGGCAAGGAAGCACCAUUGACCUGAAGGCGUCUCGUGACCCGGUCGACACCUGGCUCCUGGAGACUUUUGCCAAACUCAACCUGCAGUCCAACCUGUUGGGUCAGGGCACCCGCUUCCUCUAUCAAGCCCGGCAAGGUCUCGAUAUGUAUCCUCUACCCGUAUUGUUCAAGACGAUGGGCGAUGCAAGGAAACGCCUGGACUGGCUGCAACAUGAGAUUGGACAAAUGGCUGGCGAGCGGGAACAUUGCUCAGCGGCCAGCCCCCAGCCUCUCCAAGUCAUGUCAUGUAGACAGCAGCUUCUUGUGACCCAGCUCAUAGCUUGGAAACGUGUCUGCGAUGUGUCCAGGUCGACCUUGUUGGCCUCCAUGGGACCAAUCGGUCGCAUCAUGUACACCAUUUUGCACCUGUACUAUCACAUGGCAUUCAUCAUGGCCAGCACCUGUCUGGCUGACACUGAGGAUGUUUACGAUCAGCACACAGAAGAUUUUCUGGAGAUUGUCAACGAAGCAAUUGCGUUGCACCAGUGCAUCGCGUCAGACGGUCUGGGCGCCUCCCCCUUUGCGCAUAGACCAGAUGUAGCCCCUUUUACCUCGGACAAGGGCUGGAUACCGCCUUUGUACUUUACAGCAAUCAAGUGUCGCGCUCACCGGGUCAGGCUGCAUGCUGUUCGCUUGCUCAGCACUAUACCAAGCAAAGAGGGGAUUUGGGAUGCCAAAUUGGCGGCCACGAUAGGGGCUGAGGUCAUGCGGCUUGAAGAACAGGGCCUGGAUCCAAAUUUGAAGAACAAGGACAACUUUGCGCCUCAUUCGGCGCCCUCUGCUGAUGAAGCCAGGAGCUGCUUUGCCCCGUGCGAGUCGAGGUUGAGGCAUGUGCAGGUCACGCUGCCCAACGGUCGUCACGACAAGACCGCCAUCAGAUGCAUCCCUGUAACCCGCUAUGCGGUAAACGAUGCUAUCUUGCGAGAAUACGAUCCCGUUCAGAACGUAUGGCAAGAUGCUCCGGAGUCUGUCAAUGUCCCCAUCGGGUAGCCGGCGUCGCAUUUGCUGGCACUCUAUUGGUUCGGUCCGGCCCGGGGAUCCAGGGAAUACUGCGAGGUGUAAGACGCUUUAUACGCUGGAUAUCCACUCGUUACGCAAAUGGGAGCUUCAGAUUUGCGAAGUACACCUCCAUUUGUGGAA